CGCAUGCGCAGCAGUAGAAGAAGUCUUGUGAAAGUUUGGUAAAGUGUGUGUGGCGGUUCGGACACGGUUCUGCUGCCGGUUCCGGAAGCUUCAGUGUCAGAGAAUCCGUCAGGAGAAGGCACCGGGACCUCGCUGCGACCACAGCCGCCUUCAGGAGCUCCACAGCCGGUAUGAAGAUCGAGUUCGCCCCGCUGAACAUCCCGAUGCGGAGGAGGCUGCAGACGGCCGCGGUGCUGCAGUGGGUCUUCUCCUUCCUGGCUCUGGCCCAGUGCUGUCUGGCUGCCUUUGUCCUCGUGGCUCUAUCUGAUUGGUGGAUCGUGGCUCUGCUCUAUGCUGGUUGGCUGUGGCUGGAUUGGGACACACCAACCACCGGGGGUCGGAGGUCACACUUGGUCAGGAACUGGACUGUGUGGGAGUACUUCAGGGACUACUUCCCCCUGACGCUCAUCAAAACUGUUGAUCUGGAUCCAAAGAAGAACUACAUCUUUGGGUUCCACCCUCAUGGUGUUCUGGUUGCAGGUGCGUUUGGGAACUUCUGCACGGAGGCGACAGGUUUCUCUCGUCUGUUUCCUGGUCUGAGGUCUCACCUGCUGAUGCUGCCGUUCUGGUUCAGAGUCCCGUUCUUCAGAGACUACAUCAUGUGUGGAGGUCUGGUGUCCAGCAGUAAGUCCAGCCUGUCCUACUUGGUCAGCCGUCCCGAAGGAGGAAACGUGGCAGUGAUUGCUGUGGGCGGAGCUCCAGAGGCUCUGGAUGCUCGGCCUGGAGCUCUGACCCUCCAGGUGAAGAACAGGAAGGGGUUCAUCAAACUGGCCCUUAAACAUGGAGCUCAGCUGGUUCCCGUCUUUUCAUUUGGAGAGAAUGAGCUGUUUGAUCAGAUGGACAAUCCAGACGGCUCUCCUCUCAGGAGACUGCAGAACCGCCUGCAGAGCCUCAUGGGAAUAUCGAUUCCUCUGUUCCAUGCCAGAGGAGUUUUCCAGUACAGCUUUGGACUGAUACCCUAUAGGAAACCCAUACACACCGUUGUUGGGAAGCCUAUCCCGGUCUCCCAGACUCCCAGUCCCAGUGCCGAAGACAUCGACCAUUUCCACGGCGUUUACCUCCAGAAUCUGAUCGAACUCUUUGAGCAGAACAAACUCUCCUACGGUCUGGAGGAGAACCAGCACCUCACCUUCAUCUGACCAGAAUCGUGUUCUGGUCUGGAAACCUUCAGAACACCUGACCUCUGUGUAAACCUCAUGUGACCUUUUUUCUGCAUUCUGAUUGGCUGAAGAUAAACCCCUGAAAACUACUUGAAGAUGUUCCACCAUAAGAGACUGAUUCCGGUCUGCCCUGGUACUCCUGAAACUCAGCUGAUAUUGCUCUGAUGGAACAGCAGGGGGCGCCACAUCAGCCUUCAGAACCAAUCAUCAGCCCUGAAGGAAUUAGAUCUGUACAGCAGACCUGUCUGGACUUCCAUUACCCAUGACGUUAACAUGUUGCUGGAUGAAGAAUCAUGUCACUCAUGACGUUAACGUGUUCUAGGAAAUUAAACGUGUCACUCAUGACGUUAACGUGUUCUAGGAAAUUAAACAUGUCACUCAUGAGGUUAACGUGUUCUAGGAAAUUAAACGUGUCACUCAUGACGUUAACGUGUUCUAGGAAAUUAAACGUGUCACUCAUGACGUUAACGUGUUCUAGGAAAUUAAACAUGUCACUCAUGACGUUAACGUGUUCUAAGAAAUUAAACGUGUCACCCAUGACGUUAACAUGUUGCUGGAUGAAGAAUCAUGUCACUCAUGACGUUAACGUGUUCUAGGAAAUUAAACGUGUCACCCAUGACGUUAACGUGUUCUAGGAAAUUAAACAUGUCACCCAUGACGUUAACAUGUUGCUGGAUGAAGAAUCAUGUCACUCAUGACGUUAACGUGUUCUAGGAAAUUAAACAUGUCACUCAUGACGUUAACGUGUUCUAGGAAAUUAAACGUGUCACCCAUGACGUUAACGUGUUCUAGGAAAUUAAACAUGUCACUCAUGACGUUAACGUGUUCUAGGAAAUUAAACAUGUCACUCAUGACGUUAACGUGUUCUAGGAAAUUAAACGUGUCACCCAUGACGUUAACGUGUUCUAGGAAAUUAAACGUGUCACCCAUGACGUUAACGUGUUCUAGGAAAUUAAACAUGUCACUCAUGACGUUAACGUGUUCUAGGAAAUUAAACAUGUCACUCAUGACGUUAACGUGUUCUAGGAAAUAAAAAUGUAUUACCCA